AUGCUGUUUUUAAGUUUUUUUUCAAAACAUUUAAUAUCUCAAAAAAAAAUUUAUAAUUUAAAUAAUAUAAAAAGGUUCUAUAGCUUACAAAAACACAAGGGAAAUAAAAAAUUUGACUUUAUCUUUUUUGAUAAUAGCAAUAUAAAAAAAAUUGAAUUUCCUAUUUUUAAUAAAACAUUUUGUACAUAUAAGCAUCUAAAUAUAAAAAUGACAAGUACUGUUCCCCAAGUAGUAUCUUUAGAUCCUACUAGUAUACCCAUAGAUUAUCAUACACCUGUUCAUGAUAUAAAGAUUGAAUUAAAGGAUUUAAGUGAAAGUUUUAAUGUAGAAGAAAGUUUGUUAGUAUUUAUAGUAAAUGGCGCAGGAAAAGACAAUAGUUUAGUAAAAAUAAAUUCGAGAACGAAAGAUAAUAGCAUAAAUGAAUUUUUAAAGCAAGCAAGUGCAGAACGUUUUAAUGCAAAAUUAGGUACGUCAAAAAUGUUUUGUAUUUUAAAUGAUAAAAAGGAGUAUAUUAAUGUGGCUUGCAUUGGGUGUGGAUCUGUUAAUGACUUAACAGAAGCAGAUAUCAGAAGAAUAGUAUCAUCGUUAGUUCUUAUGCUUCAUGAUUAUAGAAAUUCAAAAGUAUCUCUAAUUUUUGAAAUAAAACUUCAUGAAAGUUUAUUUCGUUUCUUUUUGGAAAAUUUAUUUUAUGAAUAUAUGACUGAUGAGAGAUUUAAAUCAACAGAUAAAAACUUAUGUACAGAUUACAUUAAGAAUUUAACAUUACAUAUAGCCAAUGCUAACUCAUAUAAACAGGAAAUAGAAAAAUCACGUAUUUAUUAUUAUGGUACUUAUUAUGCCUCUCAACUUAUAGCAGCUCCAUCUAAUUAUUGUAAUCCUGUAUCUCUAGCUAAUGCAGCAGUAGAAUUAGCUAAAAAGUUAAAUUUGCAAUGUAAAGUUUUAGGGAUAAAGGAAAUAGAAGAAUUAAAAAUGGGAGCAUUUUUGUCAGUUGGCAAAGGAAGUAUGUAUCCUCAUCGAUUUAUUCAUUUAACAUACAAAGGAAAAGGAGAGAUUAAAAAAAAAAUUGCAUUAGUUGGUAAAGGUAUUACUUUCGAUUCAGGAGGAUAUAAUUUAAAGACAUCUCCAGGAUCAAUGAUUGAUUUAAUGAAAUUUGAUAUGAGUGGAUGUGCUGCAGUCUUAGGUUGUGCCUAUUGUAUAGGGACUAUAAAUCCAGAAAAUGUAGAGGUUCAUUUCAUAAGUGCUGUUUGUGAAAAUAUGGUCUCAAAACAUGCUUAUAGGCCAGGUGAUAUCAUAACCGCUUCAAAUGGAAAAACAAUAGAAGUAGGAAACACCGAUGCAGAAGGAAGACUAACUUUAGCUGAUGCUUUAAUAUAUGCAGAAAAAUUAGGUGUUGAUUAUAUUAUUGAUAUAGCUACAUUAACGGGUGGAAUGCUUUAUUCUUUAGGUACAAGUUAUGCUGGAAUUUUUGGUAAUAAUGAUCAACUAAUUAAUAAAUUAUUAAAUUCUUCCAAAACAUCUAGUGAACCUAUAUGGUGGCUACCUAUUAUAGAAGAAUAUAGAUCUUCUUUAAAUUCCAAGUUUGCUGACAUAAAUAAUAUCACAUCAAGUGUUAAGGCAUCUCCUAUUGUUGCUACAUUAUUUUUAAAAGAAUUUAUUCAAAAUACACCAUGGGCACAUAUUGAUAUUGCGGGUGCUUCUUGGAAUUUUAAAGCUAGAAAACCAAAGGGUUUUGGUGUACGAUUAUUAACUGAAUUUAUCUUAAAUGAUGCUAUUUAA